UUUAAUUUUUAUCUUUAUACAUGUAUUUGAUUUAACCAAAGUGGUGUUAAACAAAUUGUUCUGCAUUUAAAUUUUGCCGGCAAUUCAUAAUGGCUGACCGUCAUGCGCAUGCGUAAUGUUGAAUAGCAUGACAGUCCUGUUCAUCAUUGUACAUUUAUUUUUAUGUUAUAUUUUAGUUUUUUUUUACUACCAAACAUCAGAAAGUAGAUACCAAUCACUACCAAACAACUACCAAACGUUACCACUUUGAAUUAUCUUAAAAAAUUGUAUAGUGUAGUGCUACCGUGAAGUUAGCACUUUGAACUUAAAAUUUAAAUAACUUUUUUAAUAUUUACUACCAAACAAUUAAAACUGAUUACCAUACACUACCAUACGAUUACCAAACGAUUUGAUAUAGUUUAAUAAUGAUUUAAUGAGUUUGCGGUGCCAACUUCACGUCGCUGUUUUCAGUGUUGUUAUUAAAUUCUAAAUAAUUCUUAAAUAAUUUGGAAGCUAUUAAAAAAUGGGUUCAAAUAAACGUCAUAAAUCUGAUAAAUGUCGUGAGCAAAAGAAAAAGAGACAUAGAAGUCGUUCACGUUCAAUUUCUGUUGAACGAAUUGAACGCGUUGAACGUGAUAAAGAAAGACACAGGCAUCAUAAAAAGCACAAGAAGAAAGAACGCAAAGAUUAUGACAGUGACAUUGAAAUUGUCAGCGCGCCUCCACCUCCAAAAAUAUCAAAAGCUCAUUUGCCAACACCUCCACCUCCAGAUAUAUCAAGAGAAAAGAGUCCUUCUCCAAAAAGUGGUGGAUCACAACUUUCUUUAUCUGUUGAAGAAACAAAUAAAUUGAGAGCAAAACUUGGUUUAGCUCCUUUGGAUGUUCAUGACGCACCAAAAUCCGAUCUCAAUGUAUUCAAAGAUGAUUUGGGCGAAUUUCAUCAUAAACCAGCACCAAAUAAGAAAGAUGAAGCGAGAGCUAAGAAAAUUAAAGAGAAACUUAGUAUUUGGCGUGAAAAAAGACAAAUUGAAACUAAAUUGGCAAAAGUUAAAAAACUUGGCGAAAGUGAUUCGGAGGAUGAUGCUAGAACUUGGAUUGAAAAAAAUCGAAAAAUGCAAGUGGAAAAGAAAAAAGCAGAAGAGAGGGCAAAGAUGUUGGAUCAAUUAGAUGAAGAAUUUGGCAUUGGGAAUUUGGUAAAAGAGGAGGUACAAAGUGAAAGACAUAAAGCUUACUCAACAAGGGACUUGAAAGGUUUGAGAGUCGAACAUGAUGUUGAAAAUUUUCAAGAGGGUAGAACAACAAUUUUAACAUUAAAAGAUCAAGGUGUUCUUGAUGAAGACGAUGAUGUUCUUGUAAAUGUGAACAUGUUGGAUGAUGAACGUUACAAACGAAGCGUUAUUAACAAAAAGAAAAAGCCCGGUUAUGAUGCUUAUGAAGAAGAUAAUCUCGAUGAAUUUGGAAUGCCUAUGAAAACAGUUUUAGAAAAGUAUGACGAAGAGAUUGAUGGACAGAAAAAAGAAAGUUUUGCCUUAGGUGUUAACAAUUUUAAAGAAAUGAAAGAACGUCAAGUAGAAAUAGUAAAACAGCGAUUGGCAAACAAAAGAUUAGAGUCAUUAAAACUUGCCGAACCAAAACUUGCAAGUGAAUAUUAUAAUGAAGAGGAAAUGGCCAAAUUUAAAAAACCGAAAAAGAAGAUUCGUAAAAUUAGAUCGAAAAAGAUGCUCAAAGCCACGGAUCUUGUACCUGAUUCGAAUGAUUAUUUGAAAGAUUUAGGAAGUCGUCGAAAUCGUAAAAUUGAAAGUAAACCUAAGGAUGAUAUAAUGGAUGUUGACGAUUAUGAAGCGCCACCAGAAAACAUAUCCGGAAUAAAAAUCGAAGAAGAAGACAAGGAAUUUGAUUUGAAACUUGCUAGAAAAAAAGCGAAACAUUCAAAAACAUUACAAGCAGCAAGCAUUGAGGAAGUUGUUUCAAAUAUAAAACCAGAUCCUGAAAAAGAAAGUAGUCAGAUUGGUAACAUUGUUUUAAAUUCAACAGCUGAAUUUUGUCGAACACUUGGCGAUAUUCCUACUUAUGGUCUUUCUGGAAACAGAGAAGAAAACGUUCAAGAUUUAAUGGAUUUUCAAAAAGAGGAGAUCGAGGACGACAAUAUGGGCGAAAAUGAUGAUAAAUCAGGACGUGGAGCUUGGAAUAGUGUCGAAACUGAAGAAUCAGUUAUUGAACCCGCUGCAUUGGAAGCUCCAAUUUUGGAUGUAGAACCUUCUCUAGGUCAAGGCGUUGGAGGAGCAUUGACUUUAGCAAUUAGUAAAGGAUAUUUACAAAAGGAAGAUUCAAAUCGUCCAUCAGCAUCACGAUUUGCACAUUUGCAAGCGCAAAAUUAUUCCAUUGAGGAUAAAACUUAUGGCGAUGAUGAUAAAUUUGGAAGAAGAGAUCGAUUCAAUGGUCCGACGUCUGAAUUCAAGGAUAAGGAUUGUUUUAAACCAAAUGUGAAAUUGGAAUAUAUCGAUGACGAUGGACAUGUUUUAAGUGCAAAGGAAGCUUUUAGAUAUCUUUCACAUAAAUUCCACGGAAAAGGUCCAGGAAAGAAUAAGGUGGAAAAGAGAAUGAAAAAAUCUGAACAAGAAGUGCUUAUGAAGCGAAUGUCUUCAACUGAUACGCCAUUAGGAACUUUGAAUUUACUUCAAGCUAAACAAAAGGAAACACAAUCACCGUAUAUUCAUCUAAGUGGCAGCAAACAGUCACAGACAGCCAGUAUAUCCAAGUCUAAACACUGAUGUACAUACUGUUACAAAAAAACUUAUGUAACUUUUUUUCAUUUGUAAACUUUUAGGUGUAAAAAUAACAUUGGAAAUUAAUGAUUAAUUUCACUAGGUUAUCAAUAUUUCAAUUAUAAUGUUGAAAAUUUUGAAUUUCUUUCAAUUGUAUCUAUUCACCAAUAAAGGUUUUGAAAAAUAA